ACUCUUUAUCUAUGAAAAUUUACAGAAAUGGUCUUUUCCAAUUGACUGUUUUUGUUGUCUCAUGCCUAUGUCCUGUUAUAUAACGUUUGGUUUCAUUUUUCAAAUACUAAUGUCAAACUUUGUGUUUUCUUGGCAUCUUAUGAAAUAACACAUGAUGUAAAGUGAUGUGAUGAUAUAGACAACCUGGAAUAUACCACAUAAGUUCUCAGAAAAUUGUUUUAGAUUCAGAUUGCUUAAGAUAAAAGAAAAACAAAAGCUUCACAAGUGAUGUCCCAGAUUAUCUUGAAUCACUGACGGAAUGAAGCCCCUUUUUCAAAAAUAAUGUUGUUAUGAAAAAAAGGUUUCCUGCCCAAUACUGAUGUUCCAACAAGUAAAAGCUGGAAAUUGGGGUAUUUUUUUUCUCUCUUUACAAUAAAUUCUUACUUUCUAACUGUUAGUACUCAGCAUCAUAUUUAGAACAGCAGCAUUCUUAUGGUUCAUCAAAGGCCUAGAUUCACUGAGGAUGGACUACUGGGGAAGAUGAUGUUUCCCUAAAAAUCACACAUUGUGGAAUCUGCUAUGCUGAUGUUAUUUGGACUAGGAAUAAACUUGGGGAUUCAAAGUAUCCCUUGGUGCCAGGCUGCAUGCAGACAUGAGAUUGUUGGAAUGGUACAAGAGGCUGGACCUAAUGUUAGCCGCUUCAAGCCUGGUGACCGAGUUGGAGUAGGCACUUAUGUCAACUCAUGCAAAGAAUGCGAGUAUUGUAAUGAUAGGGAAGAAGUUCAUUGUGAAAAAGGGUCAGUUUUUACUUUUAAUGCCAUUGAUCUUGACGGUACAAUCACAAAAGGAGGAUAUUCUAGCUACAUUGUUGUCCAUGAAAGGUACUGCUUUAUGAUACCAGAUGACUAUCCAUUGGCCUUAGCAGCACCCCUGCUAUGUGCUGGAAUUACUGUUUACAAUCCCAUGAUGCGACAUGGGAUGAACCAACCUGGUAAAUCUCUAGGAGUGAUUGGGCUAGGUGGUCUUGGUCACAUGGCAGUGAAGUUUGGGAAGGCUUUUGGACUGAAAGUAACAGUUUUUAGCACAAGCAUUUCUAAGAAAGAGGAAGCCUUGGGUGUGCUUGGUGCAGACAAUUUUGUUGUCUCAUCUGACCAAGAACAGAUGAAGGCACUCUCUAAAUCACUGGACUUUAUAGUUGACACAGCUUCUGGUGAUCAUCCAUUUGACCCAUACAUGUCACUUUUGAAGACUGCUGGGGUUCUUGUUCUUGUGGGGUUCCCAAGUGAAGUCAAAUUCAGUCCAGCAUCUCUCAUUCUGGGUAUGAGAACCGUGUCUGGUAGCAUAACGGGUGGUACAAAAGUGACACAAGAAAUGCUGGACUUUUGUGCUGCUAAAAAAAUUUAUCCCGAGAUAGAAUUAAUCCCUAUUGAUUAUGCAAAUGAAGCUCUUGAAAGGGUAGUAAAGAGAGAUGUGAAGUACCGGUUUGUGAUAGAUAUAGAGAACUCCUUGAAGUGAAGAUAGAGAUGAAGGCUUAUGAUAUAAAUCUGGCAGGUAUGGGAAAUCUCUUUAUGGAAGCAAAAGGAAAUAUCUCUGCUCAAAUAAUUAAGUAAAAGGUGGUUGAUUACUAAAGGCAAUUAACCUUUGCUAGUAGCGUGUCUGGAGGGAAAUUGGUUAAUGUAAGGUCAUGGUGAUCAAGUGUUGGGCAUCAAAUAUUCAAAUAAGUACUUUCUAAAUUAUUUGCCAAUGGGAUGAUGAAAUCAAACGAAAUCGGCAAAGCUGAGAUGGCUCUGUCUGUUUGUCCGGGUGGUGACAUGUAUUCAUGCAUGCUUGCAUGCUGGUAUUUUUUUUUUUUUUUUUUUUAAUAUUAUUCUGUUGUUGGGGUACUAGAAAUUAGGUGGGAUGACAAAUUCCGCUAUAAUAUAUGGUAAUUUGUCCAA